GAGUCCGCCGUUGCCCCUGCCGGAAGGCCUGCUCUCGCCGGAGGCCCCGUUUCUCCCCACCCCACCCCACCCACACACACCUGAGGGGAUUCCACAGGCGACGGGAUCGGGGCCAGUUCGGGAGCGCCCCUCACGGUGUCCCCCGCGGAGGGGGCGGUUAGUUGGCCGCCCGCCUGCUCUGCCCGCGCGAAAUGAGUGAUGAGCCUGGUGGGUCCGCUCGACGUGAAGGCGGGGGCGGCAGCCGGGACCGUCGGCGGCCUGGCUCCGGAUUCAAACAAGCAGUCUCCUGAUGAAGGAUUAAUUGAAGACUUUGCAAUUGUAGACAAAAAAGCUGUGGAACAACUAGCUGAAGGGCUGAUUUCUCACUACCUACCUGAUCUACAGCGAUCAAAGUUAGCUUUAAAGGAGCUUACACAGAACCAAGAAGUACUACUAGAAACUCUACAACAAGAAAUCUCAAAGUUUAAAGAAUGUAAUUCUGUCCUUGACAUCAACAUGUUGUUUUCAGAAGCAAAGUACUAUCACAACAAGUUGGUGAAUGUUAGGAAAGAGAUGAUGAUGCUCCAUGACAAAACAUCAAAGUUGAAAAAAAGAGCUCUCAGACUCCAGCAGAAGAGGCAGAAGGAAGAGCUAGAACGAGAGCAGCAACGGGAGAAAGAGCUUGAGCGAGAGAAACAGUUAACAGCCAAGCCAGCUAAAAGAACCUGAAAGCCGAACGUGCAUCAACUUGUCAAACUAAUUAGAACAUUCUCUGGACUCACUGGGGAGCCCUCCGUGUUGCCCCUCAUGACCCGAAGUUCGAACUUGCCAAGAAGCCUAUUUGUAUGUCACUAAUAUUUCCUGGUUGCUAUUUCUAAGAAGCAAGCUGGGAGCAGUGAAGCAUCAGCGGUUCAAGAUGCCUUCUUUGCAAAUCCUGUGCAGCUAUGUCAGGCGUGUUCUUUUUAUCUUGUCUGCUAAUUUUUCCAAAAGAGGGGUGGACAGAAACAAAAUACAAGACCUUGUGUGGUAUAGAAUGGUUUGGAGUCCAGAAUGAAUGGGUGUGUGUGUGUAUUUUCUUGAAAGUUGAGCUCUACCUCAUUAUCCUGCUGUUUUCUAGGGUAGUUCAUUUAAUCCAGAUGCAGCUUCUUUGGUUGUUCCAUCAUUGAUCCUGCCAUGCCCCAUUACCAGUAGAACAGCGACUGACUAGGUGUGAAGUCUUCACAUCAACUCUGUGUUCUUCUCUUAUAGAAAUCGGUUCCAGACUGGAAGAAGUGUUGAGGUCUGUCUGCCAGUUUUUCCAUGUAUAGAUUUUGAAGUUUACCAGAACCAAAGUAUUGUCACAGCAGGUGGAUGACUCUGUAACUGUGAAGGCCUUGCUGUGUCACUUAAGAUGUGGUUGCCUGGGAUGUCUGUUGCAGACACCACUGAAAUGGAAAAGAACACCACACUGCGCUGAGUGGGGGUAGCAGUGCAGUUCACCUACUAGACCAAGCGUUUCCUGUAGCAAACACCUGAACUGUGGAUAUCUGUCUAGAAGCUCUUGAGUUCAUGCAUGUAAGGCUCCCAGAUGCGAGCACCCAAGGUGUGCUUAAAGGUGUGCCUAUAUCCUUGCUUUGUGGAUUUGCCAUGGGAAACAAUGGUGUACAUACAACAGCUGAGUUUACCACAAAGCCUGAAGGUUGCUUACAGAUUGUGCCCAUCAGAUAUUUCUAGCCAUCAUGGAACUAAUUCCUGACCCAAGUGAUAUUAGAACUGGGGAUUAAUGGUCCGUGUAUGCCGCCAGGACACUUUGUAUACAUGUCCAGAAAUGUAACAGGAGAUGGUUCAGAAUUUCAGAUGGAACUGAUCUGUCUGAGAACUUGGGGGUAUCUGUUGGCUCCAUGUUCUGUCUUCGUUGUUUUGCUGUAAUUAAAAUGCUUUUCUGUUCCACAUAGCUAUCUGCUCGUCCGCUCAGAUUUGGAGAGCAUUCAAGUGACGUUUAAAGUCUAAUCCAUUUUAAUUGCUAUGAUGGGGGGGCAGAGAUUUUCAGUAACUGAAAAAGGUGAUAGGUAUGCUUUGAAGAGUUAUGUUUCCUUUCUACAAGGAAAAAAACAAUGGGAUCAGGUACAUUUAAACAAACAAAAAUAAGAUGGGGUUCUUAUGGGAGAGUAAGAUGGGUACGUCUCUCCCCCCAUUGCACUCUAAUUGGCUGAUUUUUUAAAAAUUGGGGAGCAGUAGUGUCCCCCCCUCCCCCAAUUAGCAGGAGGCUGAGAGAGAUUUCUGGGACUGUUCCUAUUGAGACUCUGUGCUGUUGUGCAGGAGGGAUUAGGCCACAAACUCACUGUUCAGAUGAAUGUUGCUUGUUCUGCUAAUGAUGCUUAGUGUUGGACAGCCACCCACUAAAAUAAAGAUGAUAAACAUAAGGUUGUGUAAGCAUUCUUACAUUAUCUACUUUAGGUUCUGUGCAACUGUGAGCGAGCCCCGGCUUGCCUUAUUCUUGGGCAGAUGUCUCCAUUUUUCCUCUUCCUGGUUUAGACACCACCAGCAUCCCUCCAAAGUUAGGCUUCCCUCCUUUCCCUCCCAGCAGAGACAACACUGCAGCCGGCCGGCUGCUUUGUUUCUGCUUCAGCAAGCCAGGCCAGGCAUCAGGUAGCUGCUGCAACUGGGAGAGGGUGGCGGUUACUGUGGCCAUGCCAGGCCACUAUUGGCUAGCCACGGGCUUUGGCCCCGAAGAGCACCUGUGCCUGUAAGAACAGGGGGAAAGCCCUCUUGGUUUGAGUGUAGGAGGAACUUGACUGAAGUCCUGAAAGACAAGCAGACUAAGCCUGGUUAAGGAGGGAACUGACAGCUUGCAAGCCCUGGACUGCAAGUUUUGGUAAGGCUUUAAUUUUACUAGUUGCUGUAGAUUUUCCGGGUUGUGUGGCCGUGGUCUUGGCAUUGUAGAA